UGUUCGCAACACUGUCCGAUUCACUAAGUCUCUAAUGUCGUCGAAAAAGUUCUGGACGGUAUCACCAGACCCGGAGCAGCCGGUUACUCCACAAUUACAGCGCAUCAUGAAGACCGGAUACUAUAAAUUCGGAGUUUUUCUUGACUACGACUGCACAGUAAGCAAGCUGUAUCUUUCCGAGAACUCGGCAAGACGGUUUAUAAACGCCAGUUUCAAUUGGUUGGUUUGGAGCAAAUAUAAGUACACGAUCGAGGCAGAGAAUCUCAACUUGAAUGUGGACACAGAGAUGACUUGGGCGCACUCGGAAACGUUUUCGGAUCGAAUUAUUUUGUACGACCUCUACAAGAUCAAUUACAGCUGGCCAUUAAACGGGACUCUGGCGGGACACUGGACCCCCAAAGAGGGCAUCAGCUUCAAUUUGACCCAGUAUAAAUAUUCUCGAAGAAAGGAUCUGAGGGGAAUUGUUUACAGAGCAGCUAUUGUGGUGAACAAUAUCCCGACAAAGAAUUUAGAAGAGGAACUGGUUAAACCCGAAAACAGAGACCUGGAUUCCAUGGCCACGUACAAUUAUAAAGGAUUCCUUCUGAUGCAGCAAAUGUAUAAUUUUUCGAAAACAAUACUCCAUACAAAUAAUUUCGGGUACGUUGUGGAAGAUGGCAAACCUGUGGGACUGGUUCAUAUGAUGAAGUACGGAGAAGCCGACGUGAGCAUCUCUGCCUUGAAGCUUAACCACCAUCGCAUAGAUAUGUCAGACCACUGUCCUGUGGCCACCUGGGAAUUGCGAGUAUGUGGUUUGUUCCGGCAUCCCCAAAUAACGGAGUCGUUUAGUGUUCUCUUACAACCCUUCAAGCCAACGCUGUGGUUGGGAUGUGGACUCAUCUGGUUCCUGACGAUGGUAGCCCUCCGAUUCAUUUCCUUCUUCGAGUCCCAGUAUCUUGUUGAAGACAAUCUGCAGGGGAGAAGCAACAUCGAACUGGAAGGGGCUUGGACAUGGAGCGACACUCUUGUUAUUAUUAUGGGGGCAAUCGGUCAACAGGGAUCGACGAUGGACUCCAAAUGGAUCACUGGGCGCAUUGUGUUCCUCAACACCCACAUCCUGGCCCUCAUGACGAAUAUCUAUUACUCCGCUUUCAUCGUGUCUUCGCUGUUGUCGGCAAGGCCUCAGUCCAUCCGAAACACCAGAGACCUCAUCGACAGCUCACUUGGCUUUGGUGCAGAAGACAUCAGCUACAGCCGCCCCUAUUUCGAGUUGAACACGGAUCCUCUCGUACGUGAAUUGUAUCACAAGAAGAUGGCACCUCCCCACACGGCAUACUUUUCACGUGAAAUGGGUCUGCAAAAGGUACUGAAUGAGCCGUUCGUUUUCCAUACCGAAGCCAUCAAUGUAUACAGUGAUAUCGAGAGAAUGUUCACAGAUCGGGCCAAGUGUGACCUCACGGAGAUUCUCAUAUUCCCAGUUGAGAAAUGUUAUCCGUUUGUACCCAGAACCUCGCCUCUAAAGGAGCUUCUCACAUACGGAUACCGGAGAGCAGUUGAGAGUGGACUAGUCAGCCAUAUGAACAGGCAUUGGCGUCCAACUAAGCCUGUCUGCUCCGUUAAGACCGAAUUUCGUCGAGUCGACACGAACACGAUCUUGUUCGCGAUUUGGCUACUCGGAGCAGGCAUACUUAUGUCUGCGUUCAUUCUAGUGUUGGAAAUCCUCUUACAGAGCAGGUUCACAACGCGCUGCAAGAAACAAAACAUUAAAACAGUCACGCUUGCAGUACCCCAGAAUGAAAUAUAGCGUACUGCAUCCCACUGCCUGAGCCUGAAUGUAGGCCACGUGCAUUGACUUUCGGAGGAAGAUUUCUCCUGUCUUGGCACUGCAACUUCACUGAUGUACACAAUUUAUUUUGGAUUAUUCGAGGAUCAGGAUUUCAGAUUUAGAUAAAUCAUAUUAAGUAAUCAAACUAUGAAAGUUUUAACUAUCUUAUAAAGUGUAUAAUGGUAAAAUUGUGUUACAGUAAUUAAUAUUAGGGAAUGCCUUUUAAAUAACCGACCAAAAACAUUUGAGACGCUUGGAGACGAAUUACUAAAUAAAGAACUCAAUGAACCAGAACCCUUCUUGAGGAAUCGACACUUGCUCAGCUGGCCAAAGAGCCCCUCUUCACAGAAUUCGAAGAUUAAUUACCGUAUUCACAACAGCCCGAUAAUGGAACCAGGUGAAUCCAGUCCACAUAUUCACACUCUAUUAAAAUCCAUUACAAUAUUAUCCUCUCAUCUACGCCUAAGUUUCCUAGUGGUAUUUACCAUUCAGGUUUUUUUUUUAUAAAGUUGGAUGGAUUUGUCAUCCCACGAUUUUAGGGGAGUGCCUACAGACGGAGCAUGGAUUGAUAAAUGUAUUUAUUGACCACUUGUAUACACAGCUUGGAACUACACUUUACAGAUCACAGAGACACAAAGAUCAGUGUACUCAGUCUAUUACAGUCUCCACUAGCCGUUUCCUGGCAACAGAUUUAACACAGUGGAGAUUCCUCAGCUUCCCGCA